AUGUUUGUGGCUCUAGUUUUACUUUUUAGUAUUUUCGUCUUGUUUCUAAUUUACCUUAAUGGAAAAUACAAUGAAAAUUAUUGGAAGAGGAGAAAUAUUAAAUUUUAUCCAAAAAACAAAGUAACUGGACUCUUUUGGGAAUAUGUGACAAAGGAUAAAUCAUUUUUUGAAAACUUUCGUGAGCUAUAUAGAGAAUACAGAAAUGAUAUAGCGGUUGGAUUUGGCGCAUUUUUAACACCAGCUCUAUACAUUGUAGAACCAACUAAUAUUCAGCAUGUAUUGUCUACCGAUUUCAAUGCUUUUAACCACCGAGGUAUUGAUGUGAAUGAAAGGGAUAAACUGGCGGACAAUAUACUCUUCAUGAAAGGCAACCGUUGGAAGUUGAUGCGUCAUGCGAUGACACCCCUAUUUACUGUGUCGAAAUUAAAGUCGAUGUACUACAUAAUUGAUAAAAGUGCUGCUGAUUUUGUAAUACUUCUUAAAAAUAACCCUAACCUUUGGGAGACCAAAACAUUUGAUACCAUCUCGUCAUUUUCCAGCGCUGCAAUAGGCGCUGCUGUCUUCGGUCUCUCUACGAACUCUAUUUUCGAUUCUCCCUUUCUCGAUAUGGCCCGGGAAGCAUUUAAGUCCACGUUAAUCACUGAUCUUAAGUUUGCCCUAGCAAAUAUCAGUACAUCAUUAUUUGAAACCCUAGACAUUGCAAUUUUUAAAGACCACGAGAAGUUUUUUAUCCAUGCAAUCAAGCAAGUACUAAGGGAACGAGAAAAGGAAAACAAAAAGAAACAUGAUUUUGCGGAUUUGUGUAUCCAGAUACAAAAUGCUGGAAUAAUGAUCGACAAAGACACAGGCCUUCAAUUAGAACCUACAGACGAACUUUUAGCAGCUCAAGCAUUCUUUUUUUUUAUUGCUGGCGUUGAACCAACGGCUUCGGUUAUAUUUUCUACUUUGAUUGAAUUAGGACAGUAUCCCGAAUAUUUAGAAAGGCUUCACAAAGAAAUCGAUAUUACAUUCGAUAAGUGCAAUAAUAAAAUGUCUUAUGAAAUUAUUGGUGAAAUGAAAUUUCUUGAUAUGGUGUUUUCUGAGACAUUGCGAUUACAUCCGCCAAUAGGUUUCUUAAGAAGACAAUGUAUUCAAGAUUCUAUGCUUCCAGUUGGUAAUUUAAAAGUAGAAAAAGGAACUAGAAUAUUUACUCCCGUAUAUGAGAUUCAUCAUGAUGAAAAAUAUCACCCCGAUCCCGAAGUGUUCAAUCCAGAAAGAUUUUCUCCUGAGAAUAAGCAUAAAAUAUCUGAUACAACAUAUAUGCCGUUCGGAAGAGGAAAUAGGAUUUGUGCAGGUAUGCGGUAUGCAACCCUUCAAACAAAAGCUGGUAUCAUUCAUUUACUGCGACAUUUCACUGUGAAAGCUAUUAUAAAGGAAGGAGGGAUAAGAUAUCGCAAACAACCUGUGCAAGUGAGGCUUGAUAAUGUUGACAUUAAGUUUAUCCCAAGAACACUGUAG